AUGGGUGGUAAGAAGAAAACGGGGGCUCCCCCCGCGGUGGUGGGCGCCUCCGCGCUGACCUGGCCUACCAUACCAUUCAGUGAAUUUGACGACCUUGACCUACGGGCCCAUUCGACUAAGCUGCUAGAAGCUGCCAUACAGUUAAAGCAAACUGCCCAAUCCGUCGGGGGACUCCCCCCGCUGGCGAUAUUCACAUCGCUCCUGGAUUCCGUCCGGUCCCUGGCCGGUAAGGCGCGCGACGGCGACCUCUCCAUGCUGACGAGGGAGGUCCAUGAUAUCAAAUCCAUGCUUAAGGACUCUGCAAAGAAGCAUACUGAUGACCACCGGAAAAUCCAGCAGUCACUGGACAUUCAGGCCAGCGUGCCUGGCGCCCCUGGGCGCACCUUCGCUGCGGCUCUUUCUGGCGGCCGCGCAGAAUCUUCACUUGUUUCUGAUCGGAUGAGACGGGCCCACACCAACGGUACGCUCGUCACGAAUCACCAUACCAGCACGGGAAGCUUGCCGGCGCCGGUGGCCCCCCAACGCAGCGAUCUAGAAAUCCAUGUCCGUCGCACCGACCCCGCGGUAGUCAACCCCUACCGACACGACGAGCAGAAGCUUGUCAAACGGGCUAACCAGGCGAUCCGGGAGACCCGGGAUGCCAUGAUCAGCCAUCGAAAGUUCUCCGCCGGCCGGGUGCUGCCGAGCGGGGACGUGGCGCUCCAAGCCGACAGCCUUGAGGACGCUGAGCGGCUGACCCGGUCCAAUGGGUGGACCCUUGCCUUUGGGUCCAAUGCGGGCAUCAAGAAACAGACCUACGGGGUUGUCAUGCACGGGGUGGAUCGACGCCACCUCACUGACGGCAAGACUGCCGAUUUCAUCGCCCGGCUGAAGGCCGACAACGCGGGCCGCCUGGCCGCCACCCCCACUGAUAUUAUCUACGCUGGCUGGCUGUACGGCCAGCGGCGAGUAGAUGCCGAUAAGCUUCAAAGCUCCCUGGUAGUGGUGGAUUUUGACAGUGACCGCGCAGCUAACCGCGCACUGGAGCUGGGGCUUGCGCUUGAUGGAAAGAACCACCCUUGCGCAUACUAUGAUAGGAACUUCCGACUGCGGCAAUGCUUUAACUGUCAACUAUAUGGACACAUCUCUAAGCACUGCAAACGACCUGCUGCCUGUGCCUACUGCGUAGGUCAGCACCUCUCCACUGUCUGCCCGGACUUGAAGAACCGCGAGAAGGAGAGAUGCCCUGUCUGCGCUGCUAGCAAGCAGCCAGAUGGCGGACACUUUGCUUUUGACCGUAGCUGCCCAGUUCGCGCGCAGAAGAUGGCUGCUAUCCGUGCUGAGCGGCUCACUGGCCCUCAGUUCCACGCUUCUGCGGCUUGCUGGGCCCUGGGGACACCACCACAAUCGCCCACCGACCUGUCGGUCGACCCCACGCCCGCGGAAGCGGCGGGUACAGCCGCCAUGCCGCGGGACCCCCAUGCCUCCUCUGCGCGCUCGGAGGCAGGUGUCAGCCCCACGGCUGACGCCAGCAGUGACCGGCCAGACGUAGAGAUGGUGGACGCUGAGGAUAUUAACACCCCCACGGACAACAACAUAGGGGCGGGGGCGACUGAACCCCCCCCGCCUACGACCUACCACGCGCGCGACGGCGCGCUCACGGUCAAGCGGGGCUGCCCGCCGGACUAA